AUGAAAAACCUACUACUAACCACAUUUCUCCUCAUUGGCGGUGUCUCCGCACUCGCCGGUCGAGGAUCCAAAUCCGCGUUGGCCCUAAUCGCCGCCCGAUCCUCCGAAGCUCACCCCCUUCAUGCCACCGAUCCAAUCACUAUCUGGUGUUCUCCCGACAAUCCGCAAGUUCAAAUGACAAAGGCCACCCUGACACGUGUCGCUGAUAACAAGGUCUUCGAGUUGGAAAUGAAUCCAACCAAGAAGAAUGCCACGUACACUUUCGGUUCUCCAUCUGUGAAAGACGCCGGCGAGUAUAAAUGUGACUUGGAGACACCACACGGAAAGCUCGUCCACAAGGUCUACAUUUAUUCGAGACCGAUUGUUCACUCACAUGAACAUUUCACCGAGCACGAAGGGCAUGAAUUCCAUUUGGAAAGCGCUGGAUAUACCAUUGAGAAAGGAGAAUCGGUCACCCUAACCUGUCCAGUCACCGGUUAUCCGAAGCCAGUUGUCAAAUGGACCAAAAACGGAUCGCCACUUGCUCUGAGCAAAUCAGUUUCAAUGGAAGGCACCUCGAUAAUCAUCUCGAAUGCCAACUACACCGAAGCUGGAACAUAUUCUUGCGAAGCUCUCAACGAGUACACUGUCAACGGAAAAACGAGCAAAAUGUUGUUGGUUAUCGAUAAAAUGGUUGAUGUUAGAAGCGAAUUCCAAUGGGUGUAUCCACUUGCUGUAAUUCUGAUCACUCUUUUCUUGCUGGCCGUCAUCAUUAUUUUCUGCGAAUGGCGUAAUAAGAGAACCGCUUCGAAAAUCUGA